GCAGUACGGCGAGUAAGUUUGAGUUUAUGGACAUUGUCUCACUUUUUACCUUUUUUAAGCACUUAAUUUAUUUGUUCCCGGCUUUUUUAUGACAUUGUCAAAAUUAAGGACACGUGUGAUAAACGUGAGUGACUGAUGCAAUGCUGUUGACGUAGCUGUCGUGGCUGGCGCAAGGUGGCUGUUGAAUUUGUGUGGGAAAGCUUUCAGCUGUCAUCAAAAACUGGAGUUUCCUGACGCCGGGCCGAUAGUGCUGGUUGGUUUAUCCUACCUAGUAGCAUCGUUGAUUUGACUAAUUUUAAAAGAAAAGUGGAGCAUCGCCUGAUCGCCUCUCUGAGUCACAGUUAUAUAUUCAUUUAAAGAGACUUUUACUGCCAGCGAUAUGAUGCGACAUCGGCGUAGGGAGGGGCUUGGAUUACUCCUCCUGAUUGGCCAGUUGAUGCGCGUUGGCUUGGAUCGCAUCCCGCCCACCACCCUAGGGACCAUCGCCAUCAAUGUCGCCAUUUACCUGAAGGUCCUCGAUCCAUAUAUUCGGAUGUAUUUCCGCUCUCCGACAAUCAAGAACAUCUGCGCGAGUACGUACAGCGUUUGGUACCAGGGUGAUUGGCCACGGCUUGCCUUGGCUGCAUGGUUCCAUCUGGACGAUUGGCAUCUCUACUUCAACAUGGUCUCGUUUCUCUGGAAGGGUCUGUCACUGGAGCGGCGGUUCGGCACUUUCUAUUUCAUGUACCUUAUCGCGGUGUUUUCCUUGCUGACUAACGCUACAAUGAUAGGGCUCAACAUGGCACUCGCCGAGGUACUGGACGAUGAUUCUUACAUCGUCUCCUGCGCUGCAGGGUUUUCAGGGGUCAUUUUCGCCUUGAAGGUGUUGACCACCCAUUAUACCCCGGCCGGUACCCAGUAUGUCAUGGGUUUCCCCGUGCCGUCCCGCUACGCCUGCUGGGCGGAGCUCGUUCUCAUCCAGCUCCUCGUUCCCAGGGCGUCUUUCACGGGUCACCUAGCAGGGAUCCUAGUCGGUCUGGCUUUCGUCAAGGGGCCGCUGAAAUCAAUACUAGAUAUCGUUCCUUCCAUCUUGACACCGAGACAGGGUUAUCAAGGUGCAGGCAGACCCGGUCGUGCCACGUAUAACUACAGAGCAGGCACGACCGGUAGGGGCGGAGCUACGGGCCCUGAUCAACCCAGGGGCUAUGAGUACGCAGGGGGAAUGAGCGAGGAGGAACAAAUGCAGGAAGCCAUCAGAGCUAGUCUCCAAACAGGUGGCACUGGGCACCCUCCUGCGCCCCCCAUGCCUGCCCACCCAGGUCCAAGCACCAGUGCAUAUCCACCCACGCCCAGUGCACCCCCAUAUGAGGAGCGGCCUAACGGUCCACGAUUGUACCCUGACCUUGGUGACCUAGCCCAGGAUUCGGGUCAAAGGUCGCAAGGUCCUGGACGUUUGGACGAUGACGAGUUGCGGCGGAGGCGACUGGCAAGACUUGACAGAUAGGGGGGGUCGUGCGAAUGCUAUGAAUAUUCAUUAGUAGUGACUAUUCAUUAGUGACAGUAACUUGACCUGAGUGACCUAGCCCAGGGUUCGGGUCAAAGGUCACAAGGUAUUGGACAACAGGGAGUUGCGUCGUAGGUGACCUACAAGAUAUGACUGAUAGGGGUUACGUGAAUGCAAUGAAUAUUCAUUAGUGACAGUAACCUGACCUCAGUGACCUAACCAGAAUUUGGGUCAAAGGUCACAAGGUCCUAGCUGGACGUUUGGACGAUGAGGAGUUACGUCGGAGGCGACUGGUAAGAUUUGACAGAUGGUGGUCUUUACCGCUGGGGGAGUUACUUGAUUACUCGAGUACUCAGGAGUAAUUUAUGCUUCUCAUUCUGCUCGCGGUGUUUCAUUUACUCGAGUACUCGUCCUGGUGUGAGUAGAAGCAGGUACUCGCGAGUAGCAAUUUAGGGUUUAGGAUUCAUGGCUUAAUACGUCCCCUGCAAGCAGGGAAUCUACGAGUAAUUUCUUUGCGAGUACUCGAGUAAAAAAAUCCACUACUCGCCCAGGCCUAGUGGUCGUUAGAAUGCUGUGAAUACUCGCAUAGUUAGUUUUGUCGGGAAAUUAAAACUUGUAUUUUUGAUAUUAUUUGCCUUGUUUAUAUUAUUUUUUAUACCUUCACACGAACCUGAAUUCUUACUUAACAGAUAAACCAUAAUGGGCGUUACACAACCAUAUGGCAAUUGGUAUGACCUAUGUGAGGCCACUGUCUCAAUCUUGUGCCUAACUGAACCCUUUGUUGUCGAGAUUUUAUCAUGCUAUUCAGAUUUUUUUCAUAAGCUUUGAGUGAGCUUUAUUUACUCGGAAGAUAGAUCAAGUGAGGUUUAGAGAUUGACUGAGAAAAAGUUUAUUGAUCAACAGGAAAAACAGUUUUUGAACCGAGGCUCCUGGAAAGCCCAUCCAAUCAGAAGUUUAUAUGCUAAUUUACAAUGAGAAAGGAGUGGCCAAUUUUUUAUUUGUAAAUAUUAACGGUCAACAGUGGGUGAACCAAGCGUUCUCUAAAUGUAAAGUGGUAGGCAUUUACACUGUAUUUGGGGCUGUGUUAAAUGUAAGAAUAUACUCGAACAUUGUGAAUUUGUUGCUUAUUUAUGUUAAAUUUUACUAUUCAUUUGUCA